AUCCGCGAGGCCUUCGAGGAGGCGGGCGUGCUGCUGCUGCGGCCCCGGGACGCCCUGCCCGGACGCGCGCUCCCGCAGCCGCCGGACCUGGACGCCUGGCGCGACCGCGUCCGCUGCGACCCGCGCCACUUCCUGAGCCUGUGUGCGCACCUCGACUGCACGCCCGACAUCUGGGCGCUGCACGACUGGGGCGGCUGGCUCACGCCGUUCACGCGCCCGGGCAGCCGCCGCUUCAACACGGCCUUCUUCCUGUGCUGCCUGCGGGAGCCGCCGCCGGUCCGCCCGGACUUGACCGAGGUGGUGAGCCACCAGUGGUUAUCUCCAUCAGAGGCAACUGAGAGUUUCAUAUCGAAAAAAAUUUGGUUGGCACCCCCGCAGUUCUAUGAAAUAAGGAGGCUUGGAAACUUUGCCUCUUUCUCUGACCUGCACAAAUUUUGUGUGGAUGGUGCGUUGGAAGGGAUGGAAAGAUGGCUGCCAAUCACAUUUCUAACUGCUGAUGGGAUGCUCCAGCUUUUACCAGGAGAUGAGCUGUACUUAGAAGAUUCAGACUUUGUAGAAAAUGUUAUGUCCACUGAAAAAAAGACUGAAGACAUCAUGAAGGAAGGCAAGACAUUUCACCGAGUCGUGUUACACGGCCGCCACGCGUAUAGCGUCCACGUGACUGUCCAGUCAAAGUAUAAACACGCUUAUCCUAAGACCUAUGUUCUGCGUCAGAGCCGUUUAUAGAGGGCGGCCUGCUGGUAAGCUGGCUUGCUUGAGGCUGUCCUGCCGGACACCGGAGGCUGACUGGACUUGCUUGGAGCAACCUUUGUACAGUCUGGUUCCAAUAUUAGUCUAGGCUAAUAUAGCACAAUACACACCUCAAGUGUA